AUGGUUCCUGCUAAUAAGAGAUACCUUAUUAGGUCACAUAGGCACAUUUCAAAAGAACAGUUGGCUUUUCUUACUACUUUUACUUGUAGUGGCACGAAGCUUGCUGAUAUUCUUAGAGCUAUGAGGAAAGAAGUUGGUGGUGAGGCGAAUUUAGGCUUCACUGUUCCCGAUGCGUAUGAUGCUGUUUUGGCAGAGAAGAAGAAAAAUUUGGAUGGUUGUGAUUCAAAUCAGUUGAUCAGAUGGGAAGCAACCUGUACUAUCAUGACUGAUCAAUGUUCUGCCAUGGACAAGGCUAUAAGGGAAGUGUUUCCAAAAUCGAGGCAUCGGUUGUGUACAUGGCACAUUGGAGAAAAUGCUGUUGUAAACAUCAAAGGUGUUAUGGCCAAAGAAGGAUUCAAACGUCGGUUUGAUUAUGUUUUGAAAUAUACUGACACAGUUGCUGAGUUCGAGCAUUAUUGGAAUAGUCUUUUGGCUGAUUACAAUUGCGCUAAACAUUCAUGGAUAAUAAGGUUAUAUAGUUUGAAGGAGAAAUGGUGUCCUGCAUAUAACAAAGAGUGGUUUUCUGGGGGUGUUUUGUCUUCUCAAAGGAGUGAGACUACAAAUCAUUCUAUUUCUAGGAGGUUGCAUAAAACCAAUGGUUUAUGUGAUUUUUAUAAGUGUUUUUUAGAUGCCAUUGAUGAGUGGAGAAGUAAGGAGAACAACGGAAAUUAUAAUUCUUCUACUGGUAAUAAAUAUUAUGCAUGUUCUGAUAACAUGUUAUGUAUGCAUGCCCGGGAUGUGUACACCAUUGCAAUAUAUUUGAUAUUUGAGCAACGAUUCAUCAAAGCUGUUGGUUUGAGGAGUGAACGGAUUCGUUUUGAGUAUCCAGUUUCUGAGUAUAUUGUUGGUCAUCCUACAAAGGAUUUCAUUAGACACAAUGUCAGAUUUAAUGAGUUAGAAAUGGUUGUUGAUUGUACUUGCAAGUCUUUUGGAGAAAUAGGCAUUCUUUGUUCUCAUAUCCUUCGAGUUUUUAUCGUCCAUAAUGUUGAAAGGAUUCCCAAUCGAUACAUUAUGAAGAGAUGGACAAAACAGGCUAUGAAUACAAUUGUUGAUGAGGUAGAAGAUAGAGAUAAUGAAGUAAGUGUUGUUUCUGCAUCGGUGUGGAGGAUGCAAACCAUAAGGAGUUGCAUUAAAGUUAUAAAUGAAGCUCAACACUGUCCCGCUGCAAGGAAGAUUGUUGAUGCGGGUGUGCUGGAUAUGUCAACUAAAGUUAAGGAGUACAUUGGUGGAGUUGGAGGGGCUGAUGUUUCAUCAAACCAUUUUGUGCGUAAUGAAACUUUACUUGAUGCUUUUGAGCCUUCAACAGAACCAGUAUUGCAGGAACAGAUUGUUGAGGAACCUAUUGUUGAAGAAGUUAUUCCAGCAAUGAUUAAAAAUCCACCAAAGAGAAUAAAGAAGAACAAGAAAGAGAAUGAAAAGAGUAAUGAGAGGAAUGUUAGGCCAAAAGGAAUUGUUGAGAAGAAAAGCAAUAAACUAAAAGGUUGGAACAAAAGAAGAGAAAGACAUGUUGAUAAUUUGAGAGAGGAAACUCAGUCUACUGAUCAACGUAUCAUAAACUUACCUGUUGGUGGUGUCUUGGUUCAUCCAGUAUCUUCAAAUUCACAGUUGGAAACUUUUAUUCCAGAUGAUUAUUUUGGAGUGCACAUACAUCCCUUGUAG